AAAAGAGCAAGCGCUCACAUCUGCAGCGCCCGGCAGGGAGACAUUUUCACCAUAAAUUCACUUCGUGCUUGAGUCCAAUAUGGCGCCCACUCCUCUCCCGACACAUUUUUUUUGUUUGUCAGUCGGCUUUCCUAAAUUCGUUUCAGUAAAAAAGCCGUUUGCGUCGUCUGCCCCAGACGCCUGCAGGGGGCCCACAAAGCCCGUCUAAUAAUGAAUGUGGCUGCUCAAGACGGCGCUUCCAGUGGCUGUGCUGUUACACAAAAGCGCACACGAAGUGUUCAAAAAAAAAAAAAUCACAGCAGAAUUUGUAUUUUAUUCGCCGCCACAACACAAGCAUACCUACGUUUUUACUUGAUCACCUGCAGCGGUGCAUGUUUGCAAAGUAAACAAGAACAAUAGGUCUGUGCCCGCAGACAAUAGGGUCGAUGCUGAAAUACUCAGACAAUAUAACCCUGUUGUCUUGCCAUUAUGAUAGGUCUAUUGCUUGUGUGCGUGUACGUGUCUCCGAGUGUGUGCACCACUCACACACACACACACAAGGAGAGAGAGAGAGAGAGAGAGAGAGAGAGAGAGAGAGAGAGAGAGAGGCUCUAAGGGGCGGGGAGGCAGAGUAGAGGCGGAGGAGGAAUGCAAAGCUCCAUCCAGUGCUGAGAACAGGAGCAUUUGCGCAGAUUGUCUGCGCUGCCUACAACCAGACACACAGCGUUUCAGCCUGGGAACUUUGUUGUUGUUUGUUUCUGUGCCACUGCCGAGCAAUCCGCCUGCAAAGUGUCCGCAAGGAGCAGAGCAAAUCAACCGCUGCAUACCGGACUCCAUCGUCAGGGAUUUAACAUGGUGAUCAAAGUGUACAUAGCAUCGUCCUCCGGAUCCACUUCGAUUAAAAAGCAGCAGCAGGAUGUCAUGGGCUUCCUAGCGGCCAAUAAGAUCGAGUUUGAGGAGUGUGACAUUGCGGCCAAUGAGGCCAACCGGAAGUGGAUGAGAGAGAACGUUCCGGAGGAGUCCAGGCCGGCCACGGGAAACCCUCUCCCCCCACAGAUAUUCAACGAAAGCAAAUAUUGUGGGAACUAUGAGGCCUUCUUCGAUGCCAGAGAGGACAACGCUGUGUAUGCAUUUCUAGGUCUGACUGCUCCCCCAGGCUCCAAGGAGGCCGAGGCUCUAGCAAAGAAAGCACAGCAGUAGCUUUACACCCGGUUUCUACCUGAGACCUCAGGCUUAGACCCAGACCUGGACCUGGACCCAGACUGACCUGAAGCAACAUUUCACUCAGCUUGUAAAUCUGUGGGAUUUUUUUUUUCUUUUUUAAAAUUUAGUAUGUUUUUUUUUUUUAUUAUUAAUCUAUGUUCAGUUGUGCCUUGUCAGCUGUAGUGAAAGGAGGUACAAAAGCAGAGCAUUAUGGGUAUCUUAAAAACAGCUCUGCUUCCUCUCAUUAACCUCAGCCUGCUAAGCCUAUUGGCCUAAUGACAUGUCAAUCAACCAUUAGCAUGAACAUGAACAGAAUGACAAGACGUUCUGUGUAGCUUCGACACAUCAUCAGACUCAACAAAAUGUGCGCACUUUGAAAAUUGUAACACAGACUCAUUUGGCCCACAUUGCUCCAUCUAUGUAAACAUGACAUCAUUAAGAAGUUGCUGCCAUUUAUUUAACUCAUCGGGUUUAACCAAUACAUUGUAAGAUAAGUCUUGUGUAAUCCUGGAAACAUUGAGGCAAAUAUUGUGCUCCUGUCAGUCAUGUCAUCGCCCAAACUGCAGCACUUUCUGUAGGAGUUACAUAUUACAAUCCAAUUCUUUAUGUUUUUAUUUACUUUAUAUUGUCUUAAUGCUGUUUUAAUAGCAAACUUUUUUCUACGAGAUGAUAUAUGUUUAAAAAUGACAAAAUUUACAAGUCUGCAAACAUAGAGUGAUGUGAAAGAGUUUUUUUUUCUAUUUGCUGUUUUUUUUGUUUAGUUUGUUUAGGGGAGUUGGACAGCUGUUCCCUUUUGCUAUAAGCAUCCUGUUUCACACUGUGUCGGUAAUCCCUGUCUUAUAUAAGUUGAUAUCUUCCCUAAAAUAAAAUAAAAGUAAGACUGCAAAUAAAA